AUUAUACUUAUAUGAGUAAAGAACAAAUAAUUCUUUAACUUUUUGUCCCUUAGACAUUUAAGUCUUUGAAGAUUGAAAAAUACAUUUAAAUCCCUAACCUUUUUAAAACUUAGACACUUGAAUCCUACUAUCCAUCUAGAGCUAUGAAAUGUAACAAAAAAGUCUGACGUGAAUGCCGUUCUGCAAAUAUGGCUAUUACGGUGUAUCACGUGGAUGGUUUAGGAAAAAAGUUUAGGGACAAAAAUGUCCAUAGAUACUGAAACUGUGAAAUAGCGUCGUUUUACGCACUAUCCCCUCCCAAGCUUGUCCCUUUGGUUAUUAUAUCUAUUCUCUAUAUAGCCUUAAACCUUUGAACACAAUUCCAAAAAUCCUAAAGAAAGAUCAAAAGUCCAACUCACAUUUUUUUCCUAAAAAAAACUGCCCAAGUUUCUUCUUUACUGCCCCCAUUUAUCAAAACAAACAAAAAACUCUAGAGUCCCUAACCCCCCAAAUGAUACUGCACUCUCAUCACUCACUCCCCCUUUCAAUCUGUGGUUCCUCAUAUUGCUGUAGCCAUAUUUCUUUCAAUCACAGCCCACACUAUUCUCCCUCAACAUUGUCGUCGCCAUCUUCCGAGCUCAUUGUCGCCGCCUCUGCUGCGAUGAGAAGAUGCCUCGAUUGUCUCUACUUUAUCAAAGACUCCACGAAUGCGACAUCUUCUCUUUCUACAAAUGGCAAGCCGCACUCGUCUGCUCCUUCUUCCUUUGACAAAGACGCCAUUCAGGCAAUGAGAACGAAGAGGACACCAUCUAACCUUUGUCUUCAGCAGAUCCCAUAGUUGCUCCAUUAGUGUUAGUAGUUAGGAAUUAGGGUUGAUUCUACAUUUUUUUCUAAGUUAAGGUUGUGCCUUCUACCCUGUUCUAGAUUUUCAAUUUCUCAGUUUCUGAGAUACGGUUGGAAAAUUUGGUUCUUGCUUUGGUUUUUGGGAACUCGUUUGGGAGAAUCUUGGAAGCGUUUCUAAUUAGAAUUCUUGGGGUUUUGCCUUUCGCUGCGAUUUCUCUUACUGGAAUAAUACUACUUUAGAGUUUAUAGGGAAUACAGAAAACCAAAGGAACGAGCUUCGGAGAAGGUGAAGAUUCAAAUGACCUCGUUUGAACAUUGGGGGCUUUUUUAUCCUGCUACAUUUUUAUAUCAUUCACGUGGGACACCGUAACGGCUACGUCUAUAGAAUAGUAUCCACGUCAGACAUCUCUGUUACAUUUCGUAAAUCCAGAUGAACGGAGGGAUCUAGGUUCCAAGUUUGAGAAAGUCAAGGACUUAAAUAUAUUUUUCAUUCUCCAGGGACUUAAAUGUUCGCAGGAUAAAAGGUCAAGGACCUAUUUAUCCUUUUCUCUACUUAGAUUGUUAUUGUUUAUUGCUUUUGAUGACUCACAUUAUCAAAUGGAUAUUUCAUAUAUGUAUGCGGUGAAAUAUGAAUAGGACCGGAUGGGAGGACGUAUCAAACACUUGGGAGACUUCGGAGAGCCUCGAACAUGUGCGUGAUUACGUUAAUGAGUUUGAUGACAGCAUAAAAUCAAGAAUUAUUGAGAAUCUCAAGAAAAGGAACAAGGAGAAGGCAUCGUCAUCACGUCCUUUCACUGCAAAUCGAUCUUCUCGCUUUUCUAAAGAAGAAGAGGAGUCAAAAGAGAAGGAAGACAAGAAGGAAGAGAAGGAAGAGAAACAAGAAGAAACUAAGGAUGAUAAAGAUGACUCUGAUUAUCAUGUGAAUGUUAAAGUCUCCCCUGGUGUUAAUGGGGGUGUUCAAAUCAAAACCAAUCCAAAUUAAACCAUUUAUCCAAUCCAAUCCAAAUCGAAAAUAAAUUAAAAUCGCACUAAUUUGGAUUUAAUUGGAUUCUAUUUUUCGCAAAACACAUGGAUCGAAUUGGAUUUCAGAUCUACUCAUCAAAAUCAAUCCAGUCCAAUCUAAAACAUACAAUGUGCUAUGAUUUUAUUGUUUUAUUGUUAUAU